AUGGCACAAGAUCCUCGCACUCUUAUGCAAAAGGCAGAGAAAGCAGUUACGGGAGCUUCCAGUGGAUUCAGCCUUUUUGGUGGACGACAGGAGAAAUGGGAAAAUGCAGCUGAACUAUACCAACAAGCUGCGAAUGCAUUUCGCAUGCAGAAGCAAAACAAGGAGGCCGGGCAGGCAUUUGAGCGCGCUGCCGAUAUCCAAACCAAUAAACUUAAUGAGCCGGACGAUGCUGCGAAUACACUUACAGAAGCCUUCAAGGUAUACAAGAAGGGAGAUCCACUAGAUGCGGUUAGAUGCCUUGACGUUGCGAUCAACCAUUAUACAUCGAAAGGAAACUUUAGGAGAGCUGCCACGCAUAAACAGAAUAUGGCAGAGGUGUAUGAAAUGGAGAUUGGGGACAUGAAAAAGGCAAUCGAAAGUUAUGAAUUGGCUGCCAGUUGGUUUGAGGCCGACAAUGCCGAGGCACUGGCCAAUAAACUCUACCUCAAGGUCGCCGAUAUCGCCGCUCUCGACGGCGAUUAUUACAAGGCCAUUGAACAUUUUGAAAAGGUAGCCGCAUCCUCCGUCUCGAACAAUCUCAUGAAGUGGUCGGUAAAGGAUUAUUUCCUUAAGGCCGGACUGUGCCAUCUAGCUGUCGGCGAUACAGUGGCCACCGGGCGAGCUUUUGAAAAGUACAGAGACAUGGAUCCAACAUUCCCCAGCACAAGAGAACAUCAACUAUUGGUCGAUCUCGCAGAGGCUGUGGAUGCAGGGGACCAGGAACAAUUCGCGGACAAGUUGUUCCAAUAUGAUCAAAUGAGCAAGCUGGACAAGUGGAAGACGACAAUUUUGUUGAAAGUCAAGAAUGCCAUCGAGGAGAAAGGGGAUGAUUUCUCAUGA